GGUGAUGGUGCCUUAGAACGAAAAAGGACAGCAAGAUAUUGUCGUGUGUUUUUAUGGGUUUCCUUUUUGAGUUUUGUGAUUUUGAUUGGAGUUGAUCCCUAAAGUUUCGGAUUUAGGGUUUCACUUUUGGGCUUAAUAAGGUUUCGGUGAUUCAAAAUUGCUUAAUCGUGCGAGGAGUCCAUGCCGUCGACUAUAACAGCCGUCACCCUGGAUAGUUUUCUAGAACCAAGAAAUCCAGGAGCUUCGAAAUCCAUUGCUAAACCUCCCUAUUCGAAGCUGAGUAGACGACAUUCAUUGGCGGGAACGGGACAAAAGCACUUGCCACAGCUAUCUCCAGCGCUCUACGCCACCCCUGAGGUAACCCCUGUCCCCGAUUCUCCGUCAUCCGGAUCCUUCCCUCCCUCCCCUUACAUCAUCAAUCACAAACGGCGUGGUCCCCGUCUUCUUAAGAGCGUCUCUCAAGACGACAUCUCCUUGAACCAACGAGCUACACCUACAGAAGGAGGUUCCACCACCGAUGAAAAUGGAAGAGACGCACACUGUACGGUUGUUGGUUCGACACAGAUUGUUCAACCUCCUGCUAUUGUUACUGCUUGCUGCCCUAAUAAGGAGGAGACGAGUCGGAAUGGUUUCCACGACGACCCCGCUAUUGGAAACAGCGGUUUGGAUGACAACAGGUUGGUUAGGACCGAGGAUUUGCCAAAGUCGGUCACAUUCAAUUUGGAAAGAGACUUUGAGGCUGAAGAUUUCUAUGACCCUCAGGAGUCCAUGAGUUUCAGCAGCAAUAAUGAUGCGGACGACAGCGGUGGGGCUGAGCGUUUGUCCAGGUUGACUACUCCGAUGGGGGAAUAUUAUGAUGCUUGGGACGACCUCUCCAGUGAGGGUGGACUGCAGGCAUCCCUUCGUGACAUGGAAGCUGAACUGCGUGAGAUUAGAUUGAAUUUAUUAACAGAGAUUGAGAGGCGGAAGCAAGCAGAGGAAACCCUCAAUAGUAUGCAUAAACAGUGGCAAAGGAUCAGGGAACAAUUAUCUCUUUUGGGGCUGACAAUUCCUGCAGCUUCAACCAUUGCCGCAGAAGAUGAAAAUUCUGAUCUUAAUCAUGGAGAAGAGCUGUUGCAGCAAAUCUAUAUUGCACAGAUGGUUUCCAAUUCUAUAGCGAGAGGCACUGCAAGGGCUGAGGUUGAGAUAGAGAUGGAAUCUCAAAUUGAGUCAAAGAACUUUGAAAUCGCUCGAUUAUGUGACCGGCUACAUUAUUAUGAAGCUGUGAAUCGUGAGAUGUCUCAGAGGAACCAAGAAGCUGUUGAGGUGGCUCGGCGUCAAAGACAUAGAAGGAAAAGAAUGAGUCGGUGGGUUUGGAGCUCAAUAGGCACUGCAGUUGCAGUUGGUGCUGUGGCCCUAGCAUGGUCUUUUCUACCAACAGGAAGAGAAUCAUAUCACUCCAUGUCUUCUCAAGCUCCUGAUGGUGAUGAUGCAACCAAGGCGUAAGCUUAUGACGAUGAUACCAUGUUCUCAAUGAAGCUUCAAAAGCGAAGGAAAGGUCAUAUACAUUGGCCUUUGAGUGACAUUAUUUUGCUUUUAUCAGUUACACUAUAUUCCCCAUUGCUAGAUGCUGUGUGAAAGCACCGAAUUUGUAUAGGCAGUUGAGCACAACUAGAUAUCUCCUUUUUUCUAAGCAAUCUGCAACAAGGCAGGCAUUUGCACCAGUCUUUGUAUUCUUAGUCCAUUGUAUCUUUGUUUUAUA